GCAUCAUGGAGCCCGGCGGGAUGGGGCCGGGGCCGGGGGCGGGCUCGAGUCCGGGCCGGGGCCGCUUCCGGGCCUGCGCCUGCUUCUUCACCGACAACCUGUUCGUGCCGCGCUACGGCCUCCACCUGCGCUACUCGGGGGACCCGGAGCAGCUGCGCAGGGAUCACGGGCCGGCAUUAAGACAACGUGGCUGCAGAAGCGAAGAAGAAUUUAAAGCAGUCAUCCAAGAGGUGGAAGAAGAAGUGCAGAGGAGAAAGGAAUCAGGCUGCCGGUCGAGAGAAAGAAAAGCAAUCAUUUCCCAGAGCUACACACCAAAGCACCCACAGUUGUAUGCUUUACAGGAAUCGUUUCUGGCACCAGAAUUUUUAGAAACGGUGAAAUACUGCACUUCCGAAGGUGCCAAUCUGCAAAGGGUGCUAGGCCAUGUGGAAGCCAUAUCAGAGAAGAGACUCUAUCGACUUCCGGUAUUUACCAAGGAAUUCUGUCGAGCUUUCAUUGAUGAGCUGGAGAAUUUUGAACAGUCUGAGAUGCCCAAGGGGAGGCCAAACUCUAUGAAUAACUAUGGGGUUCUCUUAGACGAACUUGGGAUGGACGAGGCUUUCAUCACGCCUCUGCGUGAGAAAUACCUGCACCCCCUCACAGCGUUGCUGUACCCGGACUGCGGCGGAGACUGCCUGGACAGCCACAAAGCGUUCGUUGUGAAGUAUGCCUUGCACGAAGACCUUGAUUUGAGCUCCCACUAUGACAACGCGGAAGUCACUCUUAAUGUCUCCCUGGGGAAAGAGUUCAGCGAGGGCAAUCUCUACUUUGCUGAAUUCAGACAGGACGCCAACCCUGUGCCAAAGUAUGUCGAGGUCGAGCACAUCCCUUUCCACGGACUGCUCCAUCGGGGAGGGCAGAUGCACGGGGCGCUGCCCAUCGCCUCCGGGGAGCGCUGGAACCUGAUCGUCUGGAUGCGGUCCUCCGCAGUCCGCAACCAGCUUUGCCCCAUGUGCAAUAGGGAGCCUGAAUUGGUGGAUGCGGAGGGAUUCGGAGAUGGAUUUACCAGGAGCCCUGAGGUGUUGCCACCUGAAACGGUGGACGUGUGCUCUUUCGUGUAGCGAAGGUGUGUGUGUGGGUCUUUGAGUUUCAAUAAAGACGUUGCCAGUGGCAGAACAA